AUGGCAGGGACCUUCGACCGUCUGACGCAGUCACCGACCUUCCGAGCGUACCAGGGCCGGCUUCCUACCAUCAAGACCGGCGCCGCCGCCGGCUACGAUCUGUCGGGGGGACAGUCCGUGCCGGCGGAGUAUCUAGGAGGGGGCCAUUGCGGGGCUCCGCUGGAGCAGGCCGGCGAAACCUGGUGUGAGGCCCUCCCUGAGCGCGGGCUCCUCCCGCCUUUCGAGGACCGCUUCGCCGACUUCCCAGAACCGCUGCGCUGGAGGCUGAUCGACUGCUGCAGGGCGGCCGUGGAGCAGUGCCUCCGCGACGUCACCGCCGAGAUCCGUGGCCUCACUCUCGGCGCCGCCGUCCCGGAGGACAUCUUUCUUUACGACUCCAUCCUCGCCGCCGCCCACAUCACCGGUGUCGACGCCGAGGAAACCAGGUGGCGCCUCUACGCCUACCUUACCGCCGCCGAGGAGCAGGCCACCGCGGCAGCUGCGGCGGCGCGCCGCGCAUGA